GGGCUGACUGGCUGGCUGGCUGCCCUAUCCCCCCUCCCCACACCUCCUCUUCAGCCCCGUAACGGACCCAGUAUCAGCGCUCUCGCUGUGUUGUUCCGUGCUGUGUUGUUGUUGCUAUUGUUGUUGUGUGUGUGUGUGUGUGCGCUGCGCUCUGCUGCCACCGGCUCGUGUCCAGUCCAGUUUUCGGCUCUCACUCUCUCUCCCCCACACCCGUCCGAAGGGCACAGCCUCACCCUCGGCUCCAGACUUUGGACCGCAUUACGAACGCCUAUUUCCCUCUCGUAUGCCUUCCUCUUCUGCGUCACGGCAGAUAUCUCGGGCGAACCCCGGACGAGGAGGCGCAAAAAGUCAUCUAUACUUGGGACAAAAUGGCCAAUAUGCGGCCUCCCAAAGCCCCCGUUUUUUUGGGUUUUUUUUUCUUCUUCUUUUCGCUUCUCUGUCCCGGCAUUUCAUCCGGGAUCGGGUUCCUCGGUUCGUUUGCUCGUUCGCCUUCGCACCUACUACAAUACGUGUGCAAGGGAAGCGACGAGGCGCCAGCGCGUGUGGCGUGGGCGCGGGGAGAAGGCCGCCUCGCCGCCCCUCGCCGCGCCUCGGCCACGCCCCCCUUUCCUACGAACCUGCGCCACGGUGCAAAUGUUGGUUCGGGCCUUCUGACUGUUCCUCCACCUCGAAACUCUUUGCGUUUACACUUUUCGUAGGAGGGAAGGCGUAUCGGGGCGGGUGCGAGCGCUGCCUACUUGACCGAUGCCGUGUUCUUCUGUCUUGUCAUUGUUGCGAAAAGGCCUGCCCGCGGAUCGUGGACGGUGGUGGGUCGUGGACCCGGGGGGCUGGGCCAGCCACACUUCGCUCGGCAGAUCGUAUUUGGGUCAACUAGAUGGCGCAUAGGCCAUAGCGCCCCUCCUCGUCCUUUCGGGGCGUUACAUGUGAACCGCGGUCCGCGGAGCCUUUCCGGCUGUUAUUUC